AUGGAGGCCAUGCUGCAGAAACUCAGUGAAGGCACAAGGGCAGGUUACGAGGGGGGAUGGCGGCUCUGGGUUGCCGUGCGCCAGGCGCAGGGGCUCAGCCCUUGGCUCCCAGGGCGUGAUCGCGAGGAGCGCCUGGCCGAUGAAGAGGCGCUCAUCAACUUCGCCGUCCUCUUAGCGCGGGUCGUCGGGAGGACCGAGGGGACCAUCGAGCAGAAGCUCUUCGCGGUGCGCUACGCCCACCUGGUGGCUGGCUAUUCGGACCCCCUGCUCCACAGAGGCCGCCUCUGGAGCACGCUGGCAGGGCUGAAGCGCUGGCAGGGGCCCGAGACCAAGCGGAAGAAGCCCGUCACGCCAGCCAUGCUCGAAUGGCUCCGCGGCUUUCUCCAGCAGGAGGCCAAGCUCCCCGAGGAGGAUGCAGUGGUCAUCUGGGCGGCCAUCGUGACAGCGUUUUUCUUCCUCCUGAGGGCCUCAGAGUACCUCCUCCCGGACGGGCGCUCGUGGUCCUUCGAGCGCGUGCUGCACGGGGAGGACGUGGAGCCCAAGAAGGAGGGGAAGCGCGUGGCCAGCUUCCAGGACGCCGACGAGAUGGUGAUCUACAUCAAGGGCAGCAAGACGGACCAGCUCAACGUCGGGACGGUGAGGAACCACUACCGCGCCGGCACAUCGCUCUGCCCGAUCGCGGCGAUGGAGCGGCUCCAGGGAAGCAGCCACUCCCUGAGGAUCGGCGGGGCAACUGCAAUGUACCACGUGACCGAGGACCUCUCCCGAGUGCGCCGAUUCGGGCGCUGGCAGUCGGACGCGUUCCACGGCUACCUGUGGGACUCGCACGAGCCGAUGAAGGGCAUCUCCGGCAAAAUGGCCAGGGGCAACUCCUCGUUGACCAACCCGGCGAAGGACAGCGCCCCCAGCAGAGCUGCCGCCGGCGCCGAGAGCGCCAGGCGCGAGAGCCCAUGA